CCCGAACUCUGGUUUUCCCAUACUUACUGCGUAGGCGGUUGCGCACCUUCCUCAAAAGAAACACAGAGGGAUCGAUUGGAUAUGACAGGGAAGGGUGACAAACCUCAUGUCGUUUGUAUACCAUUUCCAGCUCAAAGCCAUGUGAAAGCAAUGUUAAAACUAGCAAAGCUCCUCCACCAUAAUGGCUUUCACAUAACCUUUGUCAACACAGAGUACAACCACCGACGCUUACUCGAAGCUAGAGGACCGAACUCUCUCGACGGCUUGCCAGAUUUCAGAUUCGAAACGAUUCCGGAUGGGUUGCCCCCUUCUGAUGCCAAUUCCACCCAAGACAUUCCUUCUCUUUGUGAAUCCAUUAGAGAAAACGCGCUGGAGCUGUUCCUGAGCCUUGUUUCCAAUCUCAAUGAUACUAGUGCUUUGGAUGUGCCGCCGGUCACUUGUAUUGUCUCUGAUGGGUUUAUGAGUUUCACCAUCACAGCUGGCGAAGAGCUAGGUAUUCCUGUCGUAGUGUUCUUCACUCUGUCUGCUUGUGGAUUCAUGGGCUUUUAUCAGUUUCGUAAUCUACUGGAAAGAGGACUUACCCCACUGAAAGAUGCAAGCUACCUAACAAAUGGGUACUUGGAUACCAUUAUCGAUUGGAUUCCAGGAAUGAAAGAUAUUCGUCUAAAAGAUUUGCCAAGCUUUAUUAGAACUAUGGAUCCCGAUGAUAUCAUUUUUAAGUAUUGCAUGGAAUCAAUGGAAAAGUCAUCAAAAGCUUCAGCAAUUGUUCUCCAGACUUACGCAGAGUUGGAGCCUGGUCUAUUGAACGCUCUAACGUCCAUGUUCCCCUUUGUCUAUUCCAUUGGACCUCUUCAGUUACUUUUGAAUCAGAUAUUAGCUUACGACAAAUCAAAUUCUAUUGGAUACAAUCUAUGGAAAGAGGAAUUCGAGUGUCUGAACUGGCUCGAAUCCAAAGAACCCGAAUCCGUUAUUUAUGUGAACUUCGGUAGCAUGGCGGUGAUAACCCAAAAACAAUUGGAAGAGCUUGGCUGGGGAAUUGUGAAUAGCUGCCACAACUUUUUAUGGAUUAUUAGGCCUGAUUUAGUAAUGGAUGAUGAUUCGGACUCUGUAUUUCUGCCGCCUGAAUUGGCUAUGAAAACAAAAGAAAGAGGUCUAAUAGUAGCAUGGUGCCCACAAGAGGAAGUCCUAAACCACCGAUCCGUGGGGGCAUUUAUGAUGCAUGGCGGGUGGAAUUCGACUAUUGAGAGCUUGUCGGCUGGAGUGCCGAUGAUCUGUUGGCCGUGCUUUGGUGAUCAACAGACGAAUUGCAGAUACAUUUGCACUGAAUGGGAGGUGGGGAUGGAGAUUGGUGGUGAUGUGAAGAGAGAUGAAGUGGAGAAGGUUGUUAGUGAGGUAAUGGGAGGAGAGAAGGGGAAGAAAAUGAAGGAAAAGGCUAUGGGGUGGAGGGAACUGGCACAGAAGGCUACUGGUUCAGAUGGGUCAUCCUCUUUGGAUUUAAACAUGUUGGUGAAGAAAGUGUUAGACUCUACGGGAGGCUAAUGGUACAAUUUUCUGACCAAAGCACCCCUGGUUUUAGGUGUGAAAUCGUGCUAAAUUCAAUGUAUGUGUGAUGAAUUUUUGGAAAAAAUUGGAGAAUGUUUAAUUGGAUUUGCCCUUGCCCAGAUGGGCUCUUUGUUUA